AUGGGUACGGAAAAGCAGGGUUAUCCGAAUAUUCCAGCUAGGCCUUCAUCCUCUCCGUUUGCAUCUGCUCCGCCGCCAGGAGUUCCACCACAAUCCGGCGGACCAGAGGCGGUUGGCUUUAGACCUUUCCCACCAGCUGCUUCCCAACCUAUGAGGCCUUUCACACCUUCUGGUCCUCCUAUGGCUCCACCAGCGGGUCCAAUGAGGCCUCUCCAAUCUCCUUUAGUUUCUCAGAUUCCAGGGAUUAGGCCUCCACCUCCACCUCCUAGUGGUGGCUCCUUUCAGCAGUUUCCACCCCCGCCAUUCCCGACUACGCAGAAUCCUCCUCGUGGUCCACCACAAACUCAAACUCUUGCAGGCCAUUUAUCCCCUCCGAUGUCUCUUCGCCCACAGCAGCCAAUGGCGCCUGUAACAAUGGGACCUCCACUACAAAGUAUGAAUUCUGGCCCACCUGGAGGCAUUGCUUCUCCACCAGCUUCAGGUUUUCAACAGUCAAUGCCUCCCGCUACUCCACCUUAUUCUGGCUUGGUUGGUCCACAGCCAUCUUUUCCUGGUUAUCCCAGCAAGCAGGGGUUACAGGCUCCUCCUAUGCCGUUCCAGUCUGCACCCCAGGGUCCUCCGUCUACAGUCUCAUCAUAUCCUCCUCAGGGACCAGGUUAUGCUAGGCACCCAAAUAUGGCAGCACAGCAGAAUCUGCAGCCAGGCUAUGCACCUCCUCCUAGUAACGUUCAAGGCUUGGUGGAAGAUUUCAACUUCCUAACCCUUUCAUCUAUUCCGGGGUCGCAUGAGCCAGGACUUGAUCAUAACUCAUUCCCAAGGCCAUUGGAUGGUGACGUGGAGCCUGAUUCAUUUGCUGAAAUGUACCCCAUGAAUUGCCAUUCUAGAUAUCUACGGCUGACAACCAGUGCUAUUCCAAGUUCCCAGUCUCUGGCGUCUAGGUGGCAUUUACCUCUAGGAGCUGUGGUUUGUCCACUUGCUGAGGCUCCUGAAGGGGAGGAAGUACCACUUAUUGAUUUUGGCUCAUCAGGCAUCAUCCGCUGCAGAAGAUGCCGUACCUAUGUGAAUCCUUAUGUGACUUUUACAGAUGCUGGAAGAAAGUGGCGGUGUAAUAUAUGUUCUAUGCUUAAUGAAGUGCCUAAUGAAUACUUCUCGCAUUUGGAUGCGACUGGCCGACGAAUGGACAUGGAUCAGCGGCCUGAGCUGACAAAAGGCAGUGUUGAAAUCAUAGCUCCAACUGAAUACAUGGUUCGGCCUCCGAUGCCACCAAUCUACUUCUUCCUCAUUGAUGUUUCAAUUUCGGCUUCUAAAAGUGGGAUGCUUGAGGUUGUAGCUCAAACGAUUAAGUCUUGUUUGGAUAACCUGCCUGGUUAUCCUAGAACUCAAAUUGGAUUUAUUACUUAUGACAGCACGUUACAUUUUUACAACUUGAAGUCAUCUUUGAGUCAGCCGCAAAUGAUGGUGGUUUCGGAUCUAGAUGAUAUAUUUAUCCCAUUACCGGAUGAUCUCCUUGUCAAUCUAUCUGAAUCUAGAAAUGUGGUGGAAGCCUUUUUGGACAGUCUGCCUUUGAUGUUUCAAGAUAAUUAUAAUGUGGAAUCGGCUUUUGGUCCAGCCCUUAGAGCGGCGUUUAUGGUUAUGAACCAACUUGGUGGCAAGUUGCUAAUUUUCCAGAACUCGUUACCUUCUCUUGGUGCUGGGCGGUUAAAGUUGCGGGGAGAUGAUCCUCGUGUCUAUGGAACUGACAAAGAAUAUUCUUUAAGGGUAGCUGAAGACUCCUUCUAUAAGCAGAUGGCUGCCGAUUGUACCAAGUUCCAGAUAGGAAUUAAUGUUUAUGCAUUCAGUGAUAAGUACACUGAUAUUGCCUCCUUAGGGACUCUGGCAAAAUACACUGGAGGACAGGUGUACUAUUAUCCAGGCUUCCAAUCACCUGUUCAUGGAGAAAAGCUAAGACACGAGCUGGCUAGAGACCUUACAAGGGAAACUGCCUGGGAAUCGGUUAUGCGAAUAAGAUGUGGAAAAGGAAUUCGUUUCUCGUCCUACCAUGGGAACUUCAUGCUAAGGUCUACUGAUCUGCUUGCUCUUCCUGCUGUUGACUGUGACAAAGCAUAUGCAAUGCAGCUAUCACUGGAAGAGACAUUGCUAACAACUCAGACUGUGUAUUUCCAAGUCGCUUUGCUAUAUACUGCUUCUUGCGGAGAGAGGCGUAUAAGGGUACACACAGCUGUUGCACCAGUGGUUACCGAUCUUGGAGAGAUGUAUAGACAAGCAGACACUGGUUCCAUUGUCUCUGUAUAUACUAGAUUAGCAAUUGAGAAAUCCUUGUCCGCAAAGUUGGAUGAUGCACGGAAUGUAAUACAGCAAAAGAUUGUUAAAGCCCUCAGAGAAUAUCGAGAUCUUCAUAAGGUGCAGCAUCGGUUGGGGUCUAGAUUGAUAUACCCAGAGUCUUUGAAGUUUUUGCCAUUGUACGGAUUGGCAAUUUGUAAGUCCACUCCUCUACAAGGUGGACCUGCUGAUGCUUCACUUGACGAGCGCUGUGCGGCAGGCUACACCAUGAUGGCUCUGCCCGUCAAAAAGCUGUUGAAGCUUUUAUAUCCCAAUUUAUUCCGUGUUGACGAGUGGCUCUUAAAGCCAUCAGCAGACCACAAUGACCUUAAGGACGUUUUAAGGAGAUUGCCUCUGGCUGCAGAGAGUUUGGAUUCUAGAGGCCUCUACAUUUAUGAUGAUGGUUUCCGAUUAGUUUUGUGGUUUGGCCGGAUGCUUUCACCUGACAUUGCCAAGAAUCUUCUUGGGGCUGACUUUGCAGCAGAGCUCUCAAGGGUUGCACUGCAAGAGCAAGAGAAUGGGAUGUCAAAGAAGCUAAUGAGAUGGGCGGUUCGACUGGUUAUGUUGAUUGGAUUCAGCAAAUUCACCGCCAGAUCCAACAAAAUGCGUAAUAUGGCUCACGAUCACAACUCAGGUGCCUGA